CCAUCGUGUGCAAGGAUAGUUCUGGUCACAGUCCCGCCGGUCGCACACACAUGCAGCUCAAAGCAGGAAUACUACAUAUCCGUCAGAAAUCUGAAGGGUCUUAUUUAUGAGCAAUUCCUCGUUUUCUUAUUAUUUUUUUUCUCGCCCAUUUCGCGGCGCCCAUCCUCGAAGCAAAACCCUAACUGUUACCUGUUGGAUUCGAACACCCAAAAGAUUAAAUACCUCUCUUAGAUUCGCUCCCCACCAACCCAUACCCUAAGUUCGAAUUUUCUCAUUUCAUUAUUCCUCGCGAUCUCGGCUGCUUUGGACGAGCCCAUUCCGUACUCCGUUAAAAAUCGUUCACAUUCCUUAGAUCGCCUUCCCGACUUCGGAAUCUCCGUCUGCUUCUUGUAUGUAUCUCUCUCUAGCUUCUCCAAUCGAACUGGCAUCUGGGUGCUGAUGGAUUCUAGCCGAGGAAGCUCGGAUGAGUUGAAGAGGACAAAUAAGGGCAGAUCGAAGACGAAUUGCAUGGAAAAAGAAAGCCUUUUGAAGCAGAAAUCCCCGGCUGAGUUCUUCGCUGAGAACAAGAACAUAGCUGGAUUCGACAAUCCUGGAAAAUCAUUAUACACAACCGUGAGAGAACUUGUGGAAAAUGCUCUUGAUUCGGCCGAGUCUAUUUCUCAGCUCCCAGAUAUCGAAUUAAUAAUAGAAGAGAUCACUAAGAACAAAUUCAACACAAUGAUUGGGCUUGUUGAUCGACAGCGUGUUGAUGAAGAACUUUAUGAUGAUUUUGAGACUACUAAGGCUCGUGAGAAGCGUCUUGCCAAAGAGGCUCGUAUGCAAGAAAUUCAAGCUAAGAAUGUUGCCCUUGGGAAGAAGCUGAAAGAACCUCCUGCUAUCAAGAGUGGGAAAGGUCGAGGUGAAGCAUCAUUCUUUAAAGUAACCUGUAAGGAUAACGGAAGAGGGAUGCCACAUGAUGAAAUCCCAAAUAUGUUUGGAAGAGUUCUCUCUGGUACAAAAUAUGGGUUAAAACAAACACGUGGGAAAUUUGGACUUGGUGCAAAAAUGGCAUUGAUUUGGUCUAAGAUGAGCACAGGGCUUCCCAUCGAGAUUCUGUCAGCUACAAGGGGCCAAAAUUAUGCAUCUUUUUGUCGAUUAGACAUCGAUAUACAUCAAAACAUUCCUCAUGUUCAUCUACAUGAAAAAAGGGAAAACAAAGACAAGUGGCAUGGAGCUGAAAUUCAAAUUAUCAUCGAGGGCAACUGGACUACUUAUCGAUCAAAGAUUCUUCAUUAUAUGCGGCAGAUGGCUGUGAUCACCCCUUAUUCUCAGUUCUUUUUUAAAUUUAUUUCAGGCAUUUCAGAAAAGAAUUUGACAAUUAGAUUUGCACGAAGAACAGAUGUAAUGCCUCCAGCUCCUCUUGAGACAAAGCACCACCCCUCUGCUGUUGAUAUACUACUCAUCAAACGCCUUAUUGCAGAAACUUCAAAGCAAACACUUCAGCAAUUUCUUCAACAUGAAUUUGUAAAUAUAAGCAAGUCAUAUGCUGAACGUUUAGUGGGGGAAAUGGGCCCUGAUUUUGGUCCAAAAAUGGCUGUGAAAAAUCUAACAUCUCAUCAAAUUGUUCGGAUUCAUCAACUAUUUCGUCAGGCUAAAUUUGAUGAUCCUAGUGGUGAUUGUCUUAGUCCAGCAGGGGAAUACAAUCUCCGUCUUGGAAUCAUUAAGGAGCUGCAGCCAGACAUGGUUGCCACAUGUUCAAGCAGUCCCCAGGUUUUUGAAGGGCAUCCAUUCAUUGUUGAAGCUGGAAUUAGCCUUGGCGGAAAAGAUGUAAAACAAGGUCUUAAUAUAUUCCGUUUUGCAAAUCGUAUACCACUUUUAUUUGAGCAAGGAGCAGACGUCGUCACAAGAACUGCUAUGAAAAAGAUCAACUGGAGUAGUUACAAGAUCAAUCAGAUGCAAGAUAAAAUUGGUGUGUUUGUAAGCAUUGUAAGCACAAAAGUACCCUUCAAAGGAACUGGGAAGGAAUAUAUUGGAGAUGAUAUUACUGAAAUUUCUUCAGCAGUCAAGUCUGCUAUCAAACAAUGUUGUCUUCAACUGAGAUCUAAAAUAGUGAAGAAACUUCAAGCUCGUGAACGACAGGAGAGGAAACGCAAUCUGACCAGGUACAUUCCAGAUGCUUCAAGAGCCAUCAUGGACGUCCUUGAAGAAAUGGCUCAGAAUUAUGAACCGAAGAGGCAGCGCUAUGACAAAGAGGACGAUGAACUUUUAAAUAAAAUAGCAUCUAAGGAGAUAACGGAGACGACCUUCGGAGAAAGCCUUUCUCAAUAUGUUGAGCAGGUGGAUUAUGAGAUGGCCUUGGAAUAUGCUACACAAAGUGGAGCGAGCGAGGAACCAAGGGAACCCAUUUAUUUAAGUUCACUCGAAGGCUCCUACAGUUACGUGGACCUUCAUAGCCCUGUUUUCGUUUUUAGACUAAUUACUUAGUAGUUGAUUUAUUUUUGGUUAUUUUUGAAGAAAAGAUUCGUUCAUGUCGAACUUGAAGAAAUAAAUCUUGCUCUCUUCCAUUUCUUCAGAAGAGAGUCAGCUUAUGUUGUUUCAAUUUAGAUUUCAAUCUGCGGCAGCUCUAAUCACAAGUGCAUGUGGACCAGACUCAAUUGUGUUGUUUGUUGGGGAACAAUUUGAAGUUUCGAAAACCACACCGAAGCUGAGUUAUCAUACCGAAAGGCUGAAUCUGCACCAGUAUUUAUGCAGAAGAGAGAAAAACUUGAUAACCGCUGCUGGCUGAUACAGGCUCUCGAAUGAUUGACCGUGUGCUUCCUUGGUGAUCAAUCAAGUUCCAGGAACAAGCGCAUCUCUCUUCCCUAGAGAAGAGCACUCUACAGAAUCAAGGCUCUUUUUUGUUUGCUUGUUUGUUUAUUUAAGGUAAAUCAUCAGAUAUGACAAAAUCUGCAUGGUGCGUUUGUGUUGUUCUUAUUACUACUAUUAUAUGAAUCGUUUGCGCAACCGGGCGCCGGAGAACGAGCCCAAACCCUGUGUGCCUUCCAUUUCAUAGAUCCGUGCAUUUUCAUUGGCUA